AUGGUGAAAAAGCUGAACAAGAAGAAAUCAAUUGAUUAUUCAGCCUUAACAGAUGAUAACACAGUACAUCGAUCUCCGGAAGCAAUUGUCAGGUGCCUAGAGCAACAUUUUACUGAACGUCAUUCACAACCUGUUUUAAAUAUGAUGAAUAUGCUUGAUAAAGAAGCAACCGACUUAUGGGAAUCAUAUAGUUUAGCUGACGAAGAAGAUAUUAAAUUAAUAUCUAGUUAUUCUGAUCUUCAAUUUACCGAACAAGAUAUAAAAGAUACCAUUCGAUCAUUAAAGGGGAAAAGCUGGUCUGGUUUUGAUCAAAUGUCUAAUAAAAUGAUCAAGUUGCUUCCUGCCCAUUUCCAUGGUGUUAACGUCAUUGAUAGUACAUACUGA